AUGGCUGCGGCUGCUGCGAAGCCCACCAAGAACCAGCUGAGGCGAGCCCGCAAGAAGGCCAAGAAGGCUGAGGCUCAAACACAGAGCAAUGGAGAUCUUUCAGCAACAGUCACCCCUUCAGAGUCAGAGGUAACCGAGCCACGUACGGAACCGGGCACGAAGCAAGAUUCUGCGCAACAAGAAAAGAGCGCCGAUACAGAUGGAGAUGCAGAUUAUUCUUCCACAACUUUCGCACCUCAACAUGAUGAAAACGAUCCACUCUUUGAGAUGUAUAGGGAUGUCAUGGGAAAGUUUGAAAACGUUGAGGUCGAAGACGUAUCGUCCAAACAGCCAGAUAAGCCGGAAAUAUAUUUCGAAGAUGAUGACAUUCCGGACGAGGAUGAAGAAAGUGCCGCGCCGAAGGUAUCUAAGAAGAAACGAAAAGAAAUGAAUAAGUUAUCCGUGGCAGAGCUUAAAGCAAUGGUUCAGAAACCAGAAUCUGUGGAAUGGACGGAUGCUUCGGCUUCGGAUCCUAGGCUUCUCGUUCACAUCAAAGAAUAUCGAAAUGUAGUACCGGUUCCCGGCCACUGGUCUUUGAAACGUGAAUACUUGUCGUCGAAACGAGGGAUAGAGAAAUCACCUUUUCAACUCCCGAAAUUCAUUCAAGAAACUGGUAUUGCGGAGAUGCGCGAUGCGGUUUUGGAAAAACAAGACCAGCAGACCCUCAAGCAAAAGCAGCGUGAACGAGUGCAACCCAAGAUGGGAAAGCUCGAUAUCGAUUACCAGAAACUAUACGAAGCAUUUUUCAGAUUCCAGACCAAGCCGGAGUUAACUCGAUAUGGAGAGGUUUAUUACGAAGGCAAAGAAUAUGAAACUAAUCUACGGCAUCUACGCCCAGGCGAGCUCAGCGAUGAACUGAAAGAGGCUCUCAAUAUACCGCCUGGCGCCCCCCCACCAUGGCUCAUUAAUCAACAGCGGUAUGGCCCUCCUCCGUCUUACCCAGCUCUUAAGAUUCCUGGUCUCAAUGCCCCGCCUCCUCCGGGUGCAAUGUGGGGAUAUCACCCUGGCGGUUAUGGCAAGCCUCCUGUUGAUGAGCACAACCGGCCAUUAUAUGGUGGUGAUAUUUUUGGUGUUUUACAGACACAACAGAAUGCGCAACAAGGAGAACCAGUGGAGAAAGAUUUGUGGGGGGAGUUGCAACCGGUUGAAGAAGAGUCCGAAGAAGAGGAGGAGGAGUCUGAAGAAGAGGAAGAGGACGAAGAGGAAGUUGGCGCUGGUCUGCAAACCCCAAGUGGGUUGGAGACACCCAGUGGCAUGGUAUCCGCUGUACCAUCAGAAUUCGGUACCGCAGAGAGCAUUGCCGGGGAAUUUGAUCUUCGUAAGCAUCACCGUGGGACGGAAACUGAGGAGACACCUCACGCCAGAUCAGCGUAUCAAGUCAUACCUGAACGACAAACCCAAGUCCAAGGGUUUUUCGGAGGUGAUCGGGUCUAUGAUCUUAAGUCAGCAGAAUCCAAUAUACCCCUCCUUGGUUCAGAAGAGCAAAAUCGGAAGCGAAAGAAGCCGGGGGAUGUGGAUGUGUCUCUUGAUCCAGACGCUUUACAAUCACACGAUGGAAUCAAUAAGGCUAAUUUACAAAACCUCUAUAACACGGAGAGGCAACAACAAAAUAAUCCCGACUGGUCCUUCCAGGAAGAUCUCAGCGAUAUGAUUGCCAGUGAGAGCCGCAAGAGACUGAAGCAAAGUGAAGAAAGACGUGCCAAACGGUAG